CUGUGCUCUUAUAAUGCAAUGUAUUUACUAGCAAUAAUUAAUUUGUUUCUUUCCCUUUCCCAGCAUCUUUAAGGAUGAAACCAUGAAGCUACGACAGCUGAAACUAGAGAAUCAGAGAGCUCUUCUAGAGAAGAAGCAGAGGAAAAAACGUCUUGAUCCCUUGAUGGUACAGCCAAAUCCUGAGGCAAAGCUGCGUAGGUCAAAGCCAAAAGGGUGUGAGGAGCAGACUCCUUUAGUAGAAACUCCUACCCCUUCCCACGGUGAUGUUAUUUUACAUGGCAUUGAUGGACCAGCUGCUUAUCUGAAAUCAGAAGUGCAAGAUUUGGGGACCAAACUCCAAACUCUCUCUGCUGGAUCUUCCAAAACAGAAGACAGUGAAGAUCAGGAAAAUAAUGGAGAGGCUCUAACAGACACAGCAGGCAAGCCAGAUCUGCAAGAAAUCUUACAGAAACGAGGAAUUUCAGGCAGUUUGAAUUUCGAUGAGGAGGACACAGAAGAGGAAGAGGCUGGUAAGAGACCAGCAUCUCAUUCACCGUAUCCCGAAUCUGAGAGGCCUCAUUCUGCAACCAGUGAGAAAUCUUCUGUGGAAACAGGUGCUUCCUGUAGUCCAUCCUCUCAGGCAGAUGCACAGCUGGGAGAAGUAGAGAACUUGGAGGAUUUUGCAUUACGCCCCGCACCCCGUGGUGUUACGGUCAAGUGUCGAAUCACUAGAGAUAAGAAGGGAAUGGACCGGGGCCUCUUCCCUACUUAUUACAUGCACCUGGAAAGAGAUGACAACAGAAAGACAUUCCUUCUUGCCGGGAGAAAACGAAAAAAGAGCAAAACAUCCAAUUACCUCAUAUCAGUUGACCCAACUGAUUUGUCUCGAGGAGGGGAAAGUUUCAUUGGAAAACUCAGGUCAAACCUCAUGGGAACUAAAUUUACAGUCUAUGACCAUGGAGUUAGCCCAGUCAAGGCACGAAGUCUAGUGGAAAAGGCUCAUACAAGACAGGAGCUCGCAGCUAUUUGUUAUGAAACCAAUGUGUUAGGAUUUAAGGGUCCCAGAAAAAUGUCUGUGAUCAUUCCAGGAAUGAAUAUGAAUCAUAAGCGAAUUCCAAUCCGUCCACGAAACGAACAUGAGAGUCUGCUGUCAAAAUGGCAAAACAAAAAUUUAGAGAAUCUAAUUGAGUUGCACAACAAGGCUCCAGUCUGGAAUGAUGAUACUCAAUCCUAUGUUUUGAAUUUCCAUGGGAGAGUCACUCAGGCCUCAGUGAAGAACUUCCAGAUUGUCCAUGACAAUGACCCUGACUACAUUGUGAUGCAGUUUGGUCGUGUAGCAGAAGAUGUGUUCACUCUGGACUAUAAUUAUCCUCUCUGUGCUCUUCAGGCCUUUGCUAUUGGACUCUCCAGCUUUGAUAGUAAAUUGGCCUGUGAAUGAGAGACAACAAACUCGAAACAUGGAACUCACUCCCAUCCCUGCAUCUUGUUGUAAGAGUUCCAGGUGGAGUAACAAAAAUCACAUUGGGGAUGGAAGGGAACUGGAGGCCAGACUUCUGCAGACUCAUUAGAAAGUAAAUACCAGCCCUCAGACCUUUAUCGUAGUUGACAGUAGACAUCUUAGGAGGCUGUCCCAAGAGCAGUCUCCGUAUGCGUUGUGGAAGAACAAGAAAUAUGAGUGAUGUUUUUGUUGGUGGUGUUGAUUCUGCUUUCAGAAUCCUUGUAACAGAUGCUGCAUGAGAGCAGGCUAAGGAAUUUAGCCCGCUAAUUAGAACCUAUUGCAGCUAGGACUGGAAAAAUAAUGGGUUUGUGUUCAUAUACCUUGGAACUUCCACAGUUCCCCUGAAGAUGAUGCUACUGAGGAAUUCCGAAAAAAGGAGGACGGUUAUUGGCAUGGGUUCUCUUUUGCCCUGUGUAGCAUUUUGCUGUCUGUUAGAACAAUCAGACAUGGAAGGAUUCAGGUUAUGGCUCUGUGCAACUGUAGGUAAUAUUCAACAAAUUCAGAGCUGGAACGAGACAUUGGCUCUAAUAAAACACUGUGGGAGGUUUGUCUGUAAAAGCUCAUAUUCCAGUUCCCUUUCAUUAUUCUAAUUGCUCCAUAUCCCUUGACAGUUGUUUUACCAAAUAAAGAACAAUCCAUCUCAAAUGCUUCCUUUUUAGUUGGUGAUAUCAUAUCUAUUGCUGUUUCUGCUAUUCUUAACCAUGUGAAAAAUGAGACUGAAUAGAUGAUAGAAUCUGACUGAAUUUGGCAGAAGGUAGUAUUGUAACAAUAUACAGUACUAUUCCUGAGAAACAGUGUUCUGAUGGAAUCUAAACUGUAAGCUGAUCAGAAAUAUUUUAAAUUUGUCCAUUGUUCAAAAAAUUAGCUACAUUUUUUAGGAAUAAGUUAGUGACCAAUUUUUUUUUUUUAAACAUGAGAUUAUCUCAAAUCAUGACAUAUUAAAAUAGGUUUUAUAUAAAUAAUUUUAACCUGACUAUAAGGAGUUACCUCAAAAAGACAUUACAGGUGUUUUCAAAGGCAUCAGUAAGUUUGAAAAAUUUAAUAAAUGUAUUUACAGGGCUUUGCAAUGUGUCCUUGUAGUGUUCCAUUUUUAACGCUGGAUGAACAAUAUGGAGACUGUAGGUCACAGCAUGGAAUGCUUCUUGAUUCAUAUGGCCUUGAUUCAUCAGAGUGAAUUGCUGCACACUGUGACAUGUGAGCCUCGUAGUGUAGACAUCUGCUGUGUACUACAGCAGAGAGCAGUUACUAUCUUGCCUGUGUCAUGACCGUAAGGCAUAUUCAUGAUGAUCCUGAUCUUGCCUCUACUGAGGCAAGAAUAGGUGUUCUCCAGCUUUGGAUAUUGUCAUUGUCAGCAGACUUAACUCUGUUUCAAGCUCCAAAGAGCCAGAUUUAUUGCUUUUGGUCUCUGGACUCUUUACAGUGGUAGAUAUCACUUGCUUUUUUGAAAUAAUGAAACUUUGUGAAGACAUUUUCUGAUGUUGCCAGGAAAAAAAAAAAAAGAUGGUAAUCAUGUGUAAACUCUAUAUGUAACUGUAAGUUAUGAAUUGAUGCUGAGAACUCCAGCUCAUGUAUCUCUCAGAUGCCCAUUCUGCUUUAGCUGGUGAGCCACUGCCUUGAAAUGAUCUCAUCAGCAGUCCCGAAGAGAACUUGAAUCGUGGGUCUCUUUUGUGCCUUCAUGUACUUCCUGCUCAGCAGGCUGGAGAUAAAACCUGGCAGAGUUUUCCAGUUGUGCUUUUCCGAGUUCUUGGCUGGUGGCUCUGCAUUCCCUCUACACGUCCAGAAAAACGAAGUCAGUUUGUUACCCGUCUGAUUAUUUUUCUGACUAGGACUGUGUGAAAGAAACUGCCUUAUGUUAGUUGGGGGUGGCCUGAAGGUAGAAUGCUAAUUUUCAAUUCAAGGUGAGUUUUCUCUGUUUUCAGAAGGCCACAGUAGCAUCCCUUUAUUCACAUUUUCAGUUAGGCUUGUCAGCAGUGGCUCUUGGAGCUAUUUAUUGACAUCAGAUGAUCCUAGCAGGGUCAGGGCCUCUGGUCUCAGUCAGAUUAUGCAGACAGGUGAACAGAUUCAGUGCUCUUUUAUCAGAUACUGGUUUACAUGAAUUUGUAUUUAUAACUUUUAUAUCUAAAUGAAAAUAAACUAAUUUAUAUAUUGAAAAAA